UUUAUCCGGAGCGGAGCCGCCCGGCCGCCUGCCUCGGCCGGCCCCGCCAUGGUGGUGCUGACGGGCCGGGAGGCCGCGGGCGGGCAGACCCUGGAGGAGCCCUACCUGAGGAUUGAAGACUGCCUGCCUCCUCUGGGGAGCUCCCCAUCCAAGAGGGUCUCCCCCUCCAAACGGAAGCAGUACUACAUCAACCAGGCCAUCCGCAACUCCGACCUCAUCCCAAAGGCCAAGGGGCGCAAGAGCCUUCAGAGGCUGGAGAACACUCGGUACUUGAUGACCCUGCUGGAGCGGGACGAAUGUGGGAAUGACGAUGGGGAACUCACACACUCUGCUGCCCCAAGCAUCUUCACGGAGGCCUGCAACAACGAGAUGUACAUGGAGAUCUGGAAUGACUUCAUGAACCGGUCUGGUGAGGAACAGGAGAGGGUCCUGCUCUACCUAGAGGAAGAGGCCAAGAAGCAGCACAAGAGGAAGCUCCCUGUUAAAGCGGAGGACAAGUGGAAAGAGCAUCCUGCUUACACACCGAAAGAAUGUUUCCAGCGCAUCAGCCGCCGGCUUCGCACCACGCUGAGACGAGGCAGGAUCCCUAUGGGGACCCUGGAGUGUCUGGAGGAGGAGUUACUGGCCUUUUUCUCAGUCACCCCUCACUCUGUCUACACAGCAAUGAUGGACAAUAGCUUUGAGCGGCUGCUGCUCCACGCUCUCUGCCAGUACAUGGACCUCGUCUCUGCCAGUUCUGACUUUGAAGGGAAACGCCAAAUGAAAGUGAGCAACAAACACAGAGACUUCCUGCCCCCGGAAUUAUUGCUGUCCGCCUACUUGGAGCAGAUGAGCUGAUAGGUCUGGAAGACGUCCCACUCAGUGCUCUGAUGGCUUCUACGAUCCCCAUAUCUGCUCUCCGUCCACUCAGUCCUUGGCGUACAAACGGGGUGUGUCCCCACUCUCUGACGAGUCUCUGCACUUGUGCAAUGGCCUAACUGGCGGGUGGGUUUGUGUGGAGCCUGUUAGAUCGCCGUCACCUGUUCCCUGCUUUUUAGAGAGGAAGUCUUCCCUUGCCCAUCGCUGAAGCCCUGCAGGCAUCUCCCACAGCUGCCGCUCUCCUCCCAUGUGGCAAAGCUGGUGUGACUUCCAGCUUCCUCCCCACCCCCAGGGUGCUCCUGGUUCCACCCAAGGCUUCUCCGUACUGCUCCCGGGACCCAGUGGAGGGCACUAUCUCUGCUCCUCGCAGGGGGGCCUGGCAGAAGCCUGCAAGCACCCCCCAGGCAGACCACCUUGUCGGGGGUGGAACCACCUGUUGGACAGCCCAAAACGUCAACCUUCAUCAUGCUCACGUGUCCAACCCCACUCAAGGACUGAGGACUCUGCCUCUCUUGAAGCUGGGAGGCUGAGGCCUUUGCUCUGGAUGGGCAGCGUCCUACUGGUUGGAGCGGGUGAGGGGGGUAGGAGCUGACUCCAGGGGUCUCCCCUGCUGCCUGUAGGCUGGUGGGAGGUUAGGAAGUGUCCAUCGACGCUGUCAAAUGCAUAUCAGCUGUUGUUGUGACGCUGGUCCCUCUUGUCGCGUAGAUGGGAUCUUGAUUGUGUCUCUUCUGUCUCCCAAGCCAUGUUCCAGAUUUAGAAUCCAUCCAGGUUCGGGGCAAUGGUGAAAGUCCUGUUCGCAUAAAAGGGAAUUGUGCUUUUAACCGUGCUGGGGUAACAAGAUCACUCCUGAAUAGUGAAGAUGGGGCCCUUCAUCUCAGCUCCUUCAGGCCACGUCCUCCCCUCGUUUCUCUGACUCACUGGCCUCAGCUUGGCAGGGCGGUUCCAGGACCUGCUGCUGCUGCCAGAUAUCACCAUGCUUAUGGUGUGUGACCAGCCUGCCUAGCCCUGCCUUGGGCGUGGUGCUAUCUCCCGGCAGUAGCUGCACUCCCUGGAAGAGUGAUUGUCUACACACCAGCUCGUUUAAACAACCAACCUGUCCCUGGGGGACUUUGGCUUCUCUCGGGGGUGAGUUUGUAGCGGUAUUUUUGUGACAAAACAGUUUCCUUUCGGCCUUAGCAUUUCAGCUGCUCUGACCUGGCCAUUGAGCAUCUGAAUUGGUCUCGUUCCCCAGCUCAGCAGACACUUCAACAGAUGCCUAAAGCCAAAGCAUGAGCUGAAGUGCUUUGCUGAAUGUCCAGCAGCUGCCUGGAGCAGAUCACUUGUAAAUUGCAUUUCACAAACCAGGGAGGCAGGGGAAUUACCACAGAUUGCAACAGCCUUUCAGGGUCAGGCAUGGGCGCUGCUUUGGUUAGUACCUAACCCAUCGAAGCCUCAGCUCUGCAUACAAUCCAGUGACAUACAGGGGUGGAGUUUUCCCCCCCCCCCCCCCACAAGGCAUGCAUUAGCACUUGCCUAGCUUCCUCUCUGGAAAGCAAAGGAGUGAAAUAUCUGUGUGAAAAGCUCGAAGAAGUGUCCAGGCAGGACUCAGUGCCCACCUCCCCUCCCCUGCUGGCUGCUUGGUUGUGGACUAGGGAGAGCGACCUGUUGGCUCCAACAGAAGCUCAAAGGAGAAGUUGUCCAGGAAGCCAGCCCGGAGGGGAGCAACCAGCCCGUUGUUUAGUGCCUCUGGGAAGAUUGGCAUUGAGCACACAGCCCCCUGAAGCCGGAUCGCUGUUGUUUAAGCUCUGGGACAGCUACCAGUGAGACAUCUAACACAAAGCUCUGGCUUUCUCUGCAGGGCGGGGGCCUUUUCUAAAUAUAGUGUGUAAUUUUACAGGUUUGGGUUUGUGACUGUGGAAUCUAAGCCAGGCCCCCGGCAGUCCUGCUGCUCGCAAGCGGGGCUGGGUGGUCAGAGCUGAACGUCACAGCUUGGGCCGCCUGGGUCUGCCAGGGGUUUCUGGCGUUGGGGGAGGGCUUGGGGGGGUUAUAUCAUGGCGCAAUUUAAAUAGCUCCGUUUCCAGCACUCUAGUGCAGCGAAGAGCCCGUUCGGAUGUGUGUGGUUUUUAAUAUGUAUCCUAUGUGUUGUGGUGUUUAAUUUGGUGCAUAUCAAGAGCUGCUCUCACCUGUACAUAGCAGCUGGUUUAAAGGGAUGGGCCGGGUUUGCGCUGCCUGCGUCACAGCUCCUGUACUGGAAUUCUCCGCAGGUGAGUAGUAAAGAAUCCCAGGUGAGGAACGCUCUGCACAGGUUCAGGGCUUGACUCUCCUCUCCGCUAUAGUGCAGCUCCGUUGGUUUCACUGGAGUUACUCCUGACUUGUACGGGUUCGUGACCAGAAUUAGGCCCCCGGAGGGCAGGAUCAGGCCCAUUUCCCCUCUUCUCGGUGAGCAUCAGUGUAGAUUGUAAGUGAGGCUUUACACCGAGUGGGUGGACAAUCCCUUAUAAACCAGCUGGAUGUAAAAACUUUUUCAGCAAAAAAGCCCUCUCACACACUGCCGCAGAGAUUUGCUUUGGACAGCCUGGGCGAGGGUCUGGUAUAGCUGGACAAUGCAGCACAGCAGACCACAGCGCUUGACUUCCCCUGGAUGCGCUUUUGUGCGCGUCAGACCCACGCACCAUUCUGGGAGCUGCUCUGGGCAGAAAAGGCCGACUCCUGCCAGAGUCCAUGCUUUGCUCUGCCUUGGGGCCUGGCUUCCCCUCUUGCCAUCUCUGCACACUGCCUCUCCAGCCUGUGCUCCUGAGAGCCCUGGUCUGGUGAGAUGACGCAAACCAAAGCGAUCUUGGCACGGACCGUGCCUCCGUGCAGCCCAGCACCCGAUCAGGACCGUACUGCGGUUUGUAAUGUGGAUAUGGAUGUUGUGUGUCGUGCUUCCAGGAAUGUUCAUAGAUUUUUCUUUUUAAUUGUGUCAGUUGUAUCUGUCAGCCCCAGCUCUUGCCUCGGUUGAAAGGGCCGUCGCCUGGUCUUACGGCAGCUGUGUCUGAGCAAAUCCAUGUGCGGGAUGGCGACUGUGUGCAGUUUGUAAUGCUUCAGUCUGCUGGCAGCCAGAGGCCAAAGCUGGGGCUUCUGCUGAAAGGAAAAAAAAAAAUUCCUUCUGAGCUGACUCAGCUGGUGAAGGUGUGUGCACAAGAACAAUAAAUCAUGGUGCUCCGGA